AUGGCAUCAUCGCUGAGCGUCCACGACGACACGUCUUCCCUCCACCGCUGCCAGCGGCCUACUGACGAUAACCACGGCAGAGAUGCUCAGACCGGGGUUUUGGGUAACCCAGCUGUGAGCUGCAACGCUUAUUUAACCCCACCACCCGCUGCAACCUACAACCAUCGAGGACAACCUCGCCUUACAACCCGCGACCGAAAAGGUAGACGUCCCCUCGCACCCCACAACCAGGAGCCUAACCUUCUCUCCACACCAUACAACCCGGACGAAAAACCUCUUCUUACAACCCACAACCAAGAGGAAAAACUUCUUCCUUUAGUCCCGAACCCGGAGGAAAAACCUUUCUCCUCAACCGACAACCAGGAGGCAAAACAUCUCCCCACUUCCCACAACCAAGAGGAAAAACUUCUUUCUAUUAUCCCGAACCAGGAGGAAAAACCUUUCUCCUCAACCGACAACCAGGAGGUAAAACCUCUUUCCACAACCCAAAACCUGGAGGCAAAACCUCUCCUCACAACCCACAACCAAGAGGAAAAACUUCUUUCUAUUGUCCCGAACCAGGAGGAAAAACCUCUCCCCACAACCCACAACCAGGAGUGCUACUCAGGUUCAUCCCCAUCUCCCCCCGCAUCGUAUCCCCAAGGGACUAAAAUCCAAGUCCAAGUACAUAAUUCUUGUUCUGACGCAGCCACGUCAUCCAUUCGCGAUCAAGCGUUUCCUGUUUCUUGCGCGCCAUCGUCUUCUGGUGUCUCCGCUUCUGCCCCAACAUCGUCUUCUUGUAUUCCUCCUUCCCCUGUCGAUGUUUCUGCUUCGUCUCCGACGGUUUGCAGUGAGACUGAGACCCACGUCAGGUCUGUUGUUAACAUUACAUCGUCACCUGUUGCUUUGAUCUUAUCAUCGUCUUCUCACAAGAAAUUAAUGGAAGCACCGACGAAGUCUUGCAGCGACAGCGAAGACGAUGGAGAUGAGUGUGAAGUGGUCUCUGUCUCGUCUGGCUCAUCGUCACUCUUAUCCUGGCAUCCUGCCGACGAGGUUGAAACUCGUCGCAAUCGUCUGCAGAAAUCAGAUAUCGUAGAUAAGAAGGAUGAUGCUGAAAUUCUUGCCAGCGAUGACGUGUUGAAAGUAGCAUUUGAGUCCCACUUACGACUAAAUACUCGCGUCCCAAACGAAAGCACAAGAUCAGAAUUAUGUAUAUUACAAAAUCCCAUAUGUCGAGACGAAACCUACGUACCGUCAUUGGAAAGUGCGAAAAAAAUUGUCCCACCCGCAAAGCCUCCUAGAAAGUUGACCCAUCGCAGCCUCAAGUGCUUCACUCUACCGAGUACUUCAACUCAGCAUCGCGUUGACGACCUCACGAGGAAUCACGUUACCUGUAUCCGCUCACGUUCGCUUCACAUUCCUACACACAAGAAAACAUAUCGAGCACCUGAUGCCAAAACGGACCUUGAAAUCCAAAAGAGUUCUAGUCUGGAGAUCGUAAGUACUGCGGCUAAAGUUCCCGUUCAGGAUUUUACGCAUGUUUCAGGUCAGGCACAAGUUCGUGCAGAGGAAAGUCAGCUACAUUCCUGGUCUAAUGGAAAUGCGUUGUUCCUUCAAGAGGCAAAAACUUGUUCAAAUGUUGAGGUUGACGAAACUAAAUCCCAGGAAAAGCGAUUACCUUUAGAGAUGGACUGUGCGCGUGAUCGGGCUGAAGCUCCAAAUCCGCAAAUCCAAUGCGCGGAAGAUCAAAAACGAUCCGGUGUCGAUAAUAUUGCAAACCGAGGAGCUAUUGUCAGGUUUGGUUCAUCUGUAGGAGACGUCGCGUACCGAAAAGAACUUGAAGUCCCCGAGUUCGGUUGCACUGGAGUCCUGGUAGGCAGCGAUGGUAUCGAUUUAUGUACGUCGUAUAACUCACUAAAGAAGAGUUACUGUAUCUUGGACACCUCAGAGGCCAAGAUCUCCUCCUCCUCAUCUUGGACGCAAAGUGUUGAUGGCAAGGAAAACGUAGAGAUCAACGUGCCCGUAGAUGGCAAGAAGCAAGAUGUUAAAAAAUCUGAGCAAGUAGAAAGUAAGAAGAAAAAGAAGUUUGUAAAGCGUCAUUCAAUUGGUGUCUUCUCUGCUUUAGCCAGUCUUGCUGGCUUCUCGAAUGCUAAGCACAGAACGCCUCUUGCAGUUUCCAACCCAACAGUUAAUUUGUCAAGGUCUUCUUCUAUGCCCUCGUCUACUGCCAUGAACUUGAAAGAACCUCGACUAUCGAAAACUCCUUCAUUUAGCCAAUCCCCUUCAAAAUCUAAUUCAGAUCUCCGCGCACCAGCCUAUCAAGCUCCUCCUAAACAUGUUGAUUUUGCCGAGUAUGUUCCUAAGGUAGUCUCUUAUCGGACAACAUCUGAGGUGGGGAAUGCAUCAGAACGACUCAACCAAUCAUUACCAGCUGAGCUAAUUUCCUCGAUUUCAUCCAAUUCCUUUCCUGCAACCUCCCUGGAAAGAUCAUACCCGACGCCAGCCACUGGCCCCACCCCGCAUUAUACUUCAGAAAAUGGUCACUCGGUGGAAGCGAACAUUAAAGAUGACAAGAAUACCGAGGUCCAAACUCCUUCCUUGUCGGUGUGCCCAACUCCAAUACUGCACUCGACCCCUUCAAAGGCCGGCGGUAAUGGCAUUCACAGCUCCCAUCCCCCAGCGGACUUUAAAUCGGAACCUCUAUCGCUGACGCCAAUGAAAUCAAAGAAGAAGAAGAGGAGGCCGUCCAGACAAGAGAUGAAAUUGACUAGUGAAGGCGCUGACAGUUGCUCAUCGUUUGGUCAGGGUUCUGCCCCGCCACCGAUUCCACUUAACCCUACCGCAUUAUUUACCUCGGGUUCUGCUCUGCCACGGACCCCAAUCAAUCCUACCGCGUUAUUUACCCCGGAUUCUGCUCUGCCACCGACCCCAAUCAACCCUACCGCGUUGUUUACCCCGGGUUCUACUCUACCUCCAACCCUCGUUAACCCCUUCAGUGUUGCUCCUCAAGCUGGUCAGCGCCACGCCAUCCAGAACGUUCCAUCGGCAGGACCUGCUUCGAGCUUCCCUCUAGCUAUAACCACAGCACCUUCUAUUAUUAAUUCCAAUGUUAUUCCUACGGCUAAUUCUAUCUUCGAUAUUGCAGCCUCCAGCACUCCUCCAAUUAACAUUACUAAUGCCAUUCCUACGAUGAAUCUUUGCUCAAAUGUAAGUGCUAUUUCGUUGCCAACGGGGCUUUAUAAUUCUAAUGCCAUACCUGAGGCAGCUGCUAGUUUUAGUCAUAAUGUUACUUUUACGACUUCUCAAUAUUUUAAUCCGAACGCUAUUGCUACGGCAUCUGUUUCUAAUGAUAUAUCUGCCGCUCACUCUAGUUGUAGUAAUCAUGCUGUUCCUGCUGAAACACAUACUAACGCAUCCCUCAACAACGCUAAGAAUAACUACCCUAACAACUUACCUUCUAUGUUUUCCUCGUUACCUUGUAAUACUAGUAACGCUAGUAACCUAAGCUUAUAUGCACAUAGCAAUAAUCCUAAUUUCAUGUCACAUCAUAUAAGCCCCUACCCUAUAAUUUCCAAGACCCCGCCAUUGGUCGGUCUACCUGUUCCUCUAUCUUCCCCCUUCAAUGACUUCCAUAUGAACACGUCUGGUCUACUGAACACCCCUUACCACCUUCUAAUGUCACAAACUACCACCCCAUCCACCACCACAACCAGCAUCGGUGGUACUAGUAUACCAUCUGUUGGUGGUACCUCGAAACAGCGAGGUGGUAUCAGUGAUAGCGUCUCAUCUUUUAGCCAUGAUAUCUAUAAGAAUAACUUGGAGUCCCCGAGUGGUGCUACUUUAAACAACUCUUUGAAUAGCGAAGAUUUGUGAAAAAAUUAUUUUCAAGCUUCAAAAGUGAGCAGCGUACAUGAGGAACAGUUCAAAUGUUUACGAAGAAAUGCCAUUGUGGUUCGUAGUUCCCGAACGAAUAAUCAGAACUUUAACGGCGGUCUAGUAUAAAGAAAUUAACUCGAACUCAGUUCCUGCCCACAUAUAUGAUGGAAAGUUGAUGCAUUUUAUCUUACCUCACGCAAAAGUCAAUUCUAGGUCGUAAGUUCCCAGUCCCGUUCAAUCCUGCCCAUGCCUCAGUUCAUUCCUCACGCUGCUGUCAUACCUCCGACAGAAGCUAACGGCCUAUUGAGUCGACGCCUAAUGAGAUACGCGCAAAUUUUAUUUCGUUUCUACGUUGAAAAUUUCUUCGCUUGUACAUCAAAGUUCACGCAUGAAUUCUCCUAUCUUUAAUUAAAACGUGAAUCAUUUAUUUCAACUCUAGUUUUUAACUGAUUCGAAUUUCUGUUUCGUACUUAAUUUUGACGUUUGAUCACUCAUGGCAGAUGCAAUUGGGUGCAUUAUUUCAUGUGGGAAACUUGAAGAUUAAUUUUAAAUUGUUCAUUUCUGCGAUCUUCAUGUGUUUGAUGCAGCGUUCCUCGACCAAUAGGAGCGUUAGCAUAUACAGGUCCAAGUGCCUUUCAGGUUCGGGAGCGUUAGAGUUGUACUUAAUUAAACGAGUUGUGAUGAAUCCAUCGUGUUCACUAUUAUGUUUAGUUCAUAUUCACCUCGUCUUGUUUGCUUUACUAUUUUUAGUGGGUAACUUCAUCUGUUGAAGUUCAAACUACAAACGCUCUAACAACGCUACAACUUUAGCCGCACUCUGAAGAAUGAAUGGAUCAUAAGGUCCUAAUAGUGACAUACUUUGUGCACGUAGCACGGAUACGCCCUCCUGCUUGGCCCAACAGUAUUAAGAUGGCCCACGCAAGGGCAUCAAGUGCAUCAUUAUUGGGACAAAGUCCCGCUCAUUUAUCUAGGUGGCGAGCACAAUAGUGCAUUUUUUUCAUAAAUGAGAAAAUGCGCUAAAAACUAAUGAUACUUUGUCCAAAUAAUGACGUACUUUUUGCUCUUGUGAAGGUAAUCCAGACCCAGUUCGACCUUGCAAAAGAGCGUCUUGGUGCUACAUGCACGUGUUCAUAUUCGUACAAAAAUGACACAUUCUUUUUUCUAAGUGUACACGUGGCAAUCACGAUGCAAGUUCCUCAAGCAUUCACGUUGGCCGCUGGUUUUGAAGUAAUUAUUUGCGCAUUUUCUCAUUUAUGAAAAAAAUGCACUAU